GAGAGUGCGNUCCAAUUACAAAUUCUCCCCCGACACAUUCAAUCACGAAUACAGAUUCGUCCACUCUUCUUCCUUCUCCCUGUGUUAAUUGAAGAACUUAAUUUUUUUUUAAUCAAACCCUAGAAUCUCAAAGCACGAUCCCAUUCCCAAUCGCGCGCAAGGGCCCAGUUUGGUUGAUACAGCACCACAGGCAUACGCAGAUAGAUACAGGCAUAGAUAUAGAUAGAUAGAUAGAUAGAUAUAGAGAGAGAGCGAGUGGAGAGACUGGAUGAAGUGAGGCAAGUAUGGGAGCAGCGGGUUCGAAGCUGGAGAAAGCAUUGGGAGACCAAUUUCCUGAAGGCGAGCGGUAUUUUGGUCUGGAGAAUUUCGGCAACACCUGCUACUGCAAUAGCGUGCUUCAGCUACUGGAAUAUUAUUCCAAUAACAAAACUCCUGCCGAUGCAGAAGAAAAUCUCUUAACAUGCCUAGCAGACUUGUUUUUGCAGAUAAGCUCACAAAAGAAAAAAACUGGUGUUCUUGCUCCAAAGCGCUUCGUACAGCGACUGAAGAAGCAAAACGAAAUUUUUCGCAGUUACAUGCACCAGGAUGCCCAUGAAUUCCUUAACUAUUUGCUAAAUGAACUGGUUGACAUACUGGAGAAAGAGGCUCGAGCUACUAAGAGUGAUCAAGAAGGUCCUCAUAAGGUUGCUAAUGGCCCCACAAAUAUAUCUUCCAACAGUCCUCAAAAGGAUCCCAUCAUCACCUGGGUGCACAAGAAUUUUCAAGGCAUAUUGACGAAUGAAACAAGGUGCUUGUGUUGCGAGACAGUGACAGCAAGGGACGAAACAUUUCUCGACUUAAGCCUUGAUAUAGAACAGAACAGUUCAAUCACGAGCUGCCUGAAAAAUUUUAGCUCCACCGAAACAUUAAAUGCCGAAGACAAAUUCUUUUGCGACAAAUGCUGCAGCUUACAAGAAGCUCAAAAGAGAAUGAAGAUCAAAAGGCCGCCCCAAAUCUUGGUCAUCCAUUUGAAGAGGUUCAAGUACAUCGAGCAACUGGGCCGGUACAAGAAGCUAUCCUACAGAGUAGUUUUCCCUCUUGAGCUGAAACUCAGCAAUACAGUUGAAGAUGCUGAUGCUGAAUAUUCGUUAUUUGCUGUGGUGGUUCACGUUGGAAGUGGGCCCAAUCAUGGCCACUACAUCAGCCUCGUGAAGAGCCACAAUCACUGGCUGUUCUUUGACGAUGAGAAUGUGGAGAUGAUAGACGAGUCUGCAGUCCAGACGUUUUUUGGGUCGGCCCAAGAGUUCUCCAGCAAUACGGAUCAUGGGUAUAUCUUGUUCUAUGAGAGGCUUGUGAUAAGCUGA